CUGAUCACGUGACUACUGUUACAGGUUCCCCCGCUCACAGGUAUAAACAAAUGUCUCUGGCAGCUGAGCAAGAAUGGAUACUGGAGCAGAAUAAAGUGCACACGGAACUGGACUGGCAGCACCUCUGCAAGAAUGCAGAAAGUAACUGGUAUCAGAAAUCAGAGGAUGUAACACAAAGUCUGUCUUCAGCAAGAGAGCAGAUAUUUCAGUAUGAUGAUACAAUUCCUCUAAGCAAAAAUAUUCCUACCUUGGAAAUGAAAAGGCUUCAGGAGCAGAAUUCCAGUCUUCGGGCCGCUGUUGCACAAAUGAGGAAAGAAAUGGAGAGUCUUGAUAAGCAGAUGUCCUCUCUUCCUUUGACAGAAAAUGGACAGCUUGCAGAGCAAGGUUUAUUGUGCACAAACAAAAUUUCAACUGGAACCACUUUGAGCAGUACCAAAGUCAGCUCAGUUGACUUGGAUUGUAUGGCAAACCCAGGCAUAGAAAAGGAAUCAAAAGCCAAAGUUAUUGAAGAAAAGAUGGUAGAUCUUGGACAACAGUUUCCUGACAUAGGUCCUGGUGUCGGUCUUCAGUGUGGUGUCAGUGGCACUCUACAAGGAGUGCAAAAUAAACUGAGGGAAGCAGCAAGACAAAUUUCUAUUCUGAGUGAGGAGAAGCAGCAGCUGAUUGAAAUGGGAAAUGGACUCAGAGCAGAACUCAGAACGGUAUUGAAGGAAGGACUUCUGCAUCCUGUUAGCUCUAAGCACUGCACAGUUUGUGUUGUGUCUGGUAGCCUUUUUCCAAGAGAGCUUGUCAAAAGAAUACAGUGUCAGCUAUCAGCUUUAAAGCAUCUACAGCACAGGCUUACAACACAGGAGCGGCAGUAUGCAAAGGAACAGCAUCCAUCAAAGAUAUCUUCUCAAAUUGUCUGCUCUGUCUUAAAGGAUGAAGAAGCUCCAAACAGAUGUGGGGAAAAGACGGAAUUACCAUCCACUGAGGUUCAGCUAGAUCUGUCCAUUGAAAAUCAUGGGCCAGAGCAACAAAAGGCAGAUACAUUCUUAAAGAUUGUUCAAAGUCAGCCACCGAGGCAGAGUCCUGGUCAAGCCCAGCAGAUCCAGCUUUCUUCACCUAGAGCACAUAAUUUCUGUCAAGGAGUGCAGCUUGAAGUUACACAUUCUGAAGAAUCUCAGCAAAAUAUCAAAGCCAAGGAUAAACUUGAAAUGCCAGCUGCAGAUUUGACAGUCAGAGGAACCAGGCUGGAAGUUCAGCAGAAGUUAAAAUCCAAGAAUGUAUCUUAUGCUUAUCCCAUAAAACCAAAUAUCUCUUCUAAGGUGGCAAAAAUCCGUAACUAUAAUAUUAAAGACUGAUUUCUUUGUUGUCAGCAAGUUCUGGAUCCACAAUUGCUGUUAACUUUGAAAUCUGUAAAUCAAAUCUAAAUAUCAGCUUCAAUUCUGUAUGUUGAGUUGGGAUAUUUGCAGCCAGAAGAUAGAACAAAUACCAUGUUUCAUACUGUGAACCCUAAAGCAAAGGGUUAAUCUGUGUAUAUUACGGGUUAAUGCAGAUAUGUGUUAAAUAAUGCUUGCAUCAUGGAUUUAGAAAUGUCCAGUUAAUACCGACGUAAAGCCUUGUGCCUCUGAGCAGGGCUUGCAGGUCUUUAGCAAAUAUUUUGUUGAGAAACUAUGGAUGUGAUUUAAGCUUAGAAGUGGGAUGCCUCAACCUACCAGUUUUCUUAUAAUUAACAAUGCAACCGUUAAUCCUGCGCAGCUAUCUCUCUACUUGAAAGAAGGGGGGUUGAAAAGAUGGCACCUGAAUCUGUAUUUUCUCUCAUCUUCUGCAUCUCUUUCCAUUUAUUUAGACAGCAUUAAGGAGUACAAAAUUAAACUUCUAUCCUUAUACCAGUAAACUUCUAUCAAUAUACCAGUACUUAUAUUUUCAUUUAACAAGAGAUUGCCUAGAGUUUAAAGCAGUGAAAAACAUGUUCAUUAGCAACACUUAGAAUCUUACAGAAGCAUUGUGAGACAUAAGUCUUUCAACAGAUGAAACUAAAAGAAAACUUGGACGAGUUCUGAGGCAAUGAGGGUUAUCUGUAUAGUUAUGAACAUGCCGGGAUAUUGAAACAAGUAAUUGGUGUAUUUUUGUAACUUUUCCAGUAAUGCUGAGCUGUCUUGGGUUAUUAUACUGAACUGUGAUAUUACACUACACUGUGGUACUACACUUGAGAUAUUACACAUGAACUUUACUAAAAGUAAAAGAAAUACAUGUUAAAAAAUGUAAGAAAAAACUUAUUUACUGUGAAGAUGGUCAAGUACGGGAACAGAUUGCUCAGAGAGGUUAUGGAGGCUCCAUCUCUUGGUCCAUCUGUGGAUCAACUAGACACAGUCCUGGACAGCCUGUUCCAGCUGACCCUCCUUUUGGUGAGGGCUUGGACUAGGUGACAUCAAGAGGUCCAACCUAAGUGAUUAUGUGAUUCUGUGAGUGGUAUCACUGACAUGAAUAAUAUUUCUCAGUUGCUGCUAAAAACAUAAAAUCUAACCAAGAUUAAUGAAGAGAGCUACUUACCCAUAAGUGGGUUGUUUUUUUUUUCCCUGUAGCACUUUUCCUUUUGGAAAUGCUUUCCUGGUUCAUUUUGUAAACAGCUGCUGGUUUUGGCAUCUGGCAAAGUGGUAGUAAUUAUUUUGAGAAUUUUAAUAAUUAUUUUUCUGCUCCCUGCUGAAAAUGUUUUGUUUUAGUGCAAAGGUGCUAUGUGAUAAUCAGAUGCUAAAUCUACAGUGAAUUUCAUUGAGAUGUUACCAAACAAAUAUGAGGCCUGAGAGACCUUGUGAGCUUCUUUCUAAAUCAUUUAAUUACUUGAAAAUCCUGUCGCUGGAUUCAACAUUUAACAUUGUUCACAAGCCGGAACAACAUGAUGCAUUCCCUUGAACCAGGCCCUGAAUGAGCUCUUUCUGUAGCUCAAAGCAUAGAGGUUUCUAACAAGUGCAGGAAUUUUGGCCCAGAUCACACCAGUUGCAGCUCUCUGGUUAUUCUGGAACACAAUGUGUCAAUUCCAAGUUUUGAAUAGCUGUAGAUAAUCCUGAUUUUUUUUUCAAUAAUUUCCAAUUUUAAUUUCCAAUACCAUGUUCAAUAUUGAACUGUGGAGAUACCCAGCAUUUCAGUGCUAAUAGAUUCUGUGCAUUUACAGGUGUUAAAAGCCUUUAGAAAAUAAAGCAGUUUGUUCCAUAAUCUUUGCAACACCGCAUCUGAUCCUGGAAAACGUUGCUCUUCAUUCCUUACGUCAUGGAUACAAGCUCAUGGGCUGCAGACUUCAGAAUGCCUUUGUGCAGGUUUCUUUGCAGGUUUUUAAGGGUUUUGUUUCCUUCUUUGAGGGGUUUUGGUUUUCUUCUUGUGGUUGGUUGGUGUGACAUGCCCUCCCCCCCGCCCAGCAUAUCACCUGGCAUGCCUGGUCAUGCAGACAUCUUGCCAGAAAUGCAACUUUAAUUUAUUCAGUUUCUCUGAGAAACAGGUUUCCUUAGGGGAAUUGUAGGUAAGGGAAGAUGAUAGCUCUUUAUUGUUUCAUUUUGUUUUACUUGUGAUAGAAAAAAGGUAGUUCAAUCAUUGUACAUUUGUUUCAAAGUAACUGUAAGAACACAGUGUAUAAGUUUGCUGAAAAUUAAAGCAUUCCUAAUAACAAUAAAUAACAUGAACUGUUGCAUGAA